AUGUUGACCGACAAGGGAGACCAGGACAAUGGGAUUAGUAUGAAGUUCGGGGCCGAUCGGAAGAACAGCGUCAUCAGUAAAAAGGGCGAGUAUCAGCUCGUCAUGGGUGAGAACAACGUGGCCAAUGGGAAAAAAGGACGGAUGAACGGCACCACCAAGGAAGCGACAAUUAUAAAGACAAGCCCGUUUGUAUUUGAAUUUGCAGAGCCGGUGACCGAGAUCCUGGGCACCCCGGAUCUCUUUAUCGACGUUGGCAGCACGAUCAACCUCACUUGCAUCAUACAACACAGUCCGGAGCCGCCGGCAUACAUAUUCUGGAAUCAUAACGACACCAUAAUAAGCUACGAUUCGUCCAGGGGCGGUGUGUCCGUAGUGACGGAAAAAAGUGACAGAACGACAAGCUUCCUGCUGGUGCAAUUGGCCCAAAAAUCCGAUUCGGGUCGAUACACGUGCAACCCGAGCAACGCCCAGCCAAAGUCCAUCAACGUACACGUGCUCAACGGAGAGCAUCCCGCGGCGAUGCAGCACGGCGGCCAGGCCCACCAGCCCCGGUUCUACUCCCUGCUGCUCUGCCUCUGUCUGCUGCUCUAUUAAAGCGGAGGUGCUGCGGAAACUACGUAAAUGUACUCGACGAAAAGAUGGACGCGACUAAGAAGGAGGGAAAAAAAAAGUGUGGGUCGAGAGUAGUGGUGUUUUCCUUUCUCCCUUUCUUUCCGCGUCUGACUUUCUGCGUUUGACAGUUCAAAGGA